CAUGUACUUCCACACUUCUUUUUGCCACCCAGUGUUCUGCCCACCACUGUUCUAUUUACCAUUUCCAGUGGCAACCUUUCAACUUGUUAAUGCUCAAAUUAUGCUUAGGAAUGUUAUUAGCUUCUGCUGCUAUUUGUUUGGUUUGAUUUGGGUUUUUGCUCAUUUUGCACUACAUGGCACGAAACCCAUAAAAAUUUGUGAAAGCCCCUGCGUUUAUUGUUCCUUUCCGGUUGUGUACUAUUUAUUACCCCUACACAGGAUAUUUUUGUUUUUAGUAUGGGUUCCAUCGCAACCGAACCCCCCGCACAAUAACAACAUAGCGUAGCAUAGCAAAGCGAAUCUAUAAAAGCGGCCCACCAACGCUGUCGCCGUUUCAGUUAAACGUCUAAAUUAGAAGUUGAGCGCGCGCGCCCGUGCGACCACAGGCAAACAGAAAUAAUUAAUAAAAUCACAAAUACAAAGCACAAUUAAUGAAUCGGACGGGUUAAAUGACCGCAGCCUUUACACUUUUGACGCGCAAAUCAGCGUGAAAACGAGCGUCGGCAAUCGAGCGAGUUACAACGUUUUCUCGUGCAACGCGUCUACAAAGUUCUUGGCAAACAAUUUACACCACACCUCGGAAGGAAGUGGCAGUGCAUGCUCGUUGGCAUUUCCCUUGCCCCCCUUUGAAAUUGUUACAUUUCGCAAAGCUUUGUGUGUUUUGCGCCAACAUUGCAUGUCAAAUUAUUAAACCAAAUAUUACAAACAACAACAACAGUUGAGCACAAGUAAACUUUUUGCAAAGUAAAGUUGCUCUGAUUCUUCCUACCACCCGGUCCAAGGCAUAACGCUAAAUGUUCACCACAUACUCGCGCCUUGUUAGCGGCUACACCACACUGCAUUGCUGAAGAUGAAGUCGGAAAAUUUCUUCACUGCCUUAGCUAACCUCAAUCAGAGCGCACGUCAGUCAUACGUUUCGCAACUGCUGAGCAGCGAUCACGUUACGCGUCGGCGGCGCUCAUCGUGCGGCCAUUCGGAUAAGGAUAGUGUUUGUAGUUCGCGCAUCGGCGGCAAGCGGCAGCGUACAAGGCACAUACCAAUGAAGUCGUCCAAGAGUGCGGCGCACAAGAAACCAAAACCGAUGGAUUAUACGAACUAUGCAUAUAAUGAGGCCGUUAGCCGGCUGAAGCUAAUGUUGGCCGAAUCAUAUGCCCCGCCCAGCAGAGGAGGUGGCGCUGGUUCUGCUGCUGGCGGCAAUGGCGCUACGGGGGCGUAUAUGCGGCAUGUGAAUGAGGACUCGACCGAUAACUAUUCGGAUAACUUGUCGGUCAUCGAACGUCCCGUAUACUCGGAUAUCUCGAAGUACUUGUCGCCAGCACAGAAAUCACGCCUCAGUCCAGGCGUACGCAGCAAGCCGAAACCUUUCAAUGCCUUCUCAUCCUCCAAGGAGAAUUUGACAUUACAAAUGCCCUAUGCGGCCAGCACUACGACAGCAACGGCACCACUCGAUUAUUACGCGCCUAACAAAACCCAGCCGCAGCCUGUUACUGAUAGCGUCCACGCACCGGUGGAGAUAUUCAAUUUCAUUGAAAAACAAGAAGACUAUAUUGAACAGCUAGAGAAAGAGUCCAAAUACUGCCGCAACGAGUUAACCAAUUUACUUGGCAAAGUCAAAGACGUCAUCAACGAGAACACGCACCUCACGGAGACCGCACGUUCCGAGCUAGCCACGUUAGGCGGUGUCGACAAGACACUGCCCGUGACGAGUCCUUCUUCCGACAGUGACGAACAACAGCAUUAUAAAAAGAAAACUUCUACCACGCCACGUAGUAAGAAAGAAACUUCGUCUGCUGCCGUGAAGUCGCCACGUUAUGCUUCGGCGCCAAAUAUUGUCUAUGAAGCGCGCAUAAGUGAGCUUGAGGCGGAGCUUAUGCAAGCCAAUAUUGAUUUGAAACGUUUGAAAACGGAAAAUGAAGAACUCAAACGCAAAUUGGCACAUGUUGACCCACUAGUGCUAGCUGGUGCCCACACAAAUGCGCCAGCGAGCAGCUCGUCCACCAAUAACUGCGACGCCCAUCGCAAGCAAAUUGAGCAUUUGCAACUGGAGAAGAAUGCGCUUGAGGAAAGUGUACGCCAGCUGCGGAAACUAUUGGAUGACGCCAAGUCGGAGCAGUAUACAAGCAACACAUCAUCCAAACGCUACAUAAACGAUCUGGUGCAGAUGGAGCGUGCUCAAGCCGAGCUGGAGGUGAAGCAUCUGCGUGAGGAGCUCGAUCGGCAGCACGAACGUGUACGCGAACUGCAACAUGAGAUGGCGCGUCGUAUUGCGGACGAGCGUGCCACUGCCGAACGACGCUACAACACGCAGGUUGAUCAAUUGGGUGGCGAUCUGAGCAGUCAGUGGGAACAGGUGGCCAAAUUGCAGUUGGAUUUGGAGCGUGAAAAACGCUAUUCAAAUGAUAUGAAGCGUGAUCUCUCGAAUCGCAAUGCACAGAUCGAUGAGUUGAAGAUGGAAUUGCGUUCCAAUCGCAAUACCUUCCUCGCCGAUAUGGCGCAAGUGAAUGCGGAGAAGCAAUCGUUGGAACAAGAGAUCACGGCAUUGCGACUACAAUUGGAUCGUGCGGCGCGUGAGGCGAAAACCGAGGCGACGCGUCUGACAGCCGAGAUAACAUCGUUGCGACAGCGUUUGGAUCGUGGCGAUGCCGAUUUAUUGCAUUCCAAACGCGAAAUAUUACGUCUCAAUGAUGAGAUCGCCAAUUUGGAGAAGGAGCUGGCUUAUGGCGAAAUGAAAAAUGAAAUCCGUCCCACCAAAAAGGAUUUAGACAAACGUAUUUCCGAAAUGCAAGAGAAGCAUGGUGAGACUUUUGUAGCAAAAAGCACCGCAGCAACAACAACAACAACGAAAACACUGGCGACAGGUCUAAUUACAAACACGAAGGCGCAGUUGGCCACAAAAUCACCGACAACAACUGCCAAAGUGUCGGGCGAGACACCUACAAUAGCGAAAAUAGCAACGCCAACAACAUAUGCAGCAACAACGACAACUACAACAAGCGGCAUCGCGUGGUCUGUGCCGACGGCGGAACUUACAAGCACAACACCAACACGACCAACGACGACAGCCAAUGUGCCCGCAACAAAAACACUACUUAUGACUACAACAACAACAACAUGGCCGACCACAAGACCCAACACCACACAACAACAACACAAGCCCACCGCCGUUAUGGAAUUAGUGACGGGUACAAAACCAAAAAACGUCACGUCAGCCCACACUUGCUGGGACGCAAGCGGAAGCGCGUACGCUUCGCCGCCUAAAUGGCCCAGCACCGUUAAUCAGUUGCAUGGACGUAAAGCAGCCGAAGCAGAAAGCGUGCCCACAACCGGCUUUACAGCACUUGCACAAACGCACACGCACACGCGACGUUACCGCUACGGCAGCGAUGAGAACAUACUGGCCAACAUAACGAAGAGCAACGAGCGACUCGAACGCGAAUUGGCGAAAAUGCCACCACUACCGACCACCAUGUCCUUCUCGGCGUAUCGCCGUCAACAGCGUUGCGCACAUUUAUAUCGUACGCCGUUGGCCGCUUACCGGCCGCGUAGUGCUAGGGAUGAGGGACGCCGCGCGACGGCGGCGCGCACCGAAACGCAUUGCGGUCGCUGCGGCGCUAUCGGCGGCAUCUACGGCACGCAUUGUAGUUGUAGUAAACACAUGAAACACGUAGUGGCUAGUGCACAUUUGGAGCCAACGGCAUGCACAUCAUGUUGUUGUAGUGCAAACAAAGCAACCACGUGUAAGCAAACACUUAACACUGAGGAGCGCCAAUUUUCAUUUGGUAGCGCGCACACUUUGAGCCGCCCAGAAAGCAAUUUCAAUGUGAACACAACAAACGCAACGAAUAUAGACACAACAACACCACCAGCAACAGUAAAUGCAAGCGCUAGAGGGCGCAGCUUGCACAGAAAUUGCCAAAAUUUUGCUUGGAAUGCGCACGCCUCGGCCACAAUUAGCACGUCUGGCAGUGGCGGCUGUAAAGCGCACAGUAGACUUAGCGACUGUAAGGCGUCAGCGGAGGCGGAAACUUCAUUGACGGAGCAAUCGAGUGCUAAAAGAGCUCCUUCGCCUACCAUACACUCGUUAAAUACAACUCAGCCACACACACAGAGCACGAAUUAUACGCGCGCACCAUGCUCCUGUGCGGCUGGCUGCGGAAGUGUUCCAAAACUCUGCACCGCUUGUAAACCACAAGCGUCAGCGAAUAUUUGCACCACGAACACAUACCAAACGCCUACAUGUCACCCCGCCUAUGGUCAUUGCAAAACGGAACCGUUGCCUUGGCUGCAACAGCAUCUAGUUUUGAAACAAACUUUUAGCGGUCUCGAACACCUAACGGCCGCCACAGACGUUUGUCACGCAUGUCAGAGCCCAUGUCAAGGUGCACACUUGACGGUGCCAACUGAGAGCAAAGCAAACACGCAUGUAGCAAACGAACACACAGCCGGCACGUCAGAAAGCGUUAAACGGCCGGCGCCAACAACGAAAAGCAAGCCACGCGCCUACUUCGAGGAGUUAUUGCGUCGCGAGGAAUGCUGUGGCGUGAAGAGAGUGAGCAGUAAUAUGCUGCGCGAUUGCAUUAGUCACGGGGAAACGCUCGUGCAGCAGAAGAAGCCACGUCCGCCUGUUAAAGUGGAUGUAAAUGUGCGUUUGGUGCCCAAAGCGGGCAAGGAACGCAAAAUCGACACAGACACAGGAAAUACAAGUGCUAAAACACCACUCGAAGUUAAAGUUAACUUGACACAGCCUGCGCCAGCGACAAGUGAGCGUAUAAAGGAGAGCGCGCAAAGCGGUCGAAGUGAAGUGCUCGCCCCAGCUUUGGACAUACCGGAUCUGACGUUGGAUGAUUUGGAACUAGACGAUUGCGAUGCAGCUGCACAUGUGGAGCAAUAAUUUUUGAUUCACUUUUAGCUUAACGCGAAGAACGCCUGCGUUUACGUGAAACGAACGAGAAGCUAAUGGAUCGGCUGAAGCAAAUAUGGACCAGCUAUAAGGAGUUGCACGCGGAACAGGCGGCGGCGGCUCAGCAGCAAAGUUUGACGCGUCCGAUUGAAG